GACAGUGGUGAUAGCAUUAAUGAAGAAGUUACGUGGGAAUGCGGCACGGAUAAUUUCACGAAAUUCAUCAGCAAAUGGUCGAUCGAAACGAACUGUCCACAUCUGACAAGACAUAUUAACAACUGUUGUUUGAGUCACGACUUGUGUUAUUUUGAGCAGAAAGGGAGAAAAUUCUGUGAUGAUAACUUUUGCACCUGUCUUCGCGUAAGUUACUUGGCACUAAAUUUUUUCUCGAUGCCUGCCAAAAAAUUUUUUCAUGCGAUUACACGAAGUAUUUUUCAAAAAAUGCCUUUUUUACAAUUUCUUCUAAAUUAUUGCGCUGUGCUAUGUUUAAUCUGA